GUUCCCGCCUGUUUUCGGCGCACGACCCGAGUGGUGAGACGCGAGCACAUGCAUUGUCACCGUGCCACCGGUUUUCAUCCAUUGUUCGGCUCUUAAGAACAGUCGAGCCACCGGCGGGAGCAAGUAGCAGCAGACCGCAAAUCAGCCCUUCGAGGAGCCAGAUCUGCCGCCUGUCGACCGAUAAAGCCUCCACUGUGAAAGCGGCGCCUUGGUCAUGAAUCGCACUCGGCCCAGUAGAUGUCCUGCUAUGCUGAUGGGAUGGAGCGUUGCUGAGAGCUGGUGUUGGUGUUGGUGAGUGAGUGGUGAUGGGCAAGGACAAGGUGUCUGACAGCCUGGUCGCCCUCAAGCGCGCCCGGGCAGGCAACGAGAAGCGCACAGAACAGCAGACGGUAGGUACGACACACCUGUUUGUUGUCCAUCCAUCCAUCCCACUGCUGUCCUGUCCCUGUGUGUGUGGUGAUGCAUCCAUGCAUCCACCAUCCUUUGCUGGUCCAUCCGUCCAUUCAAUUCAGGAUGCUGACGACGUAGCGCCUCUGUAUGAGGAGGUAGAUGACGAGGAGUACCGUCGGCGGCGGGCGGUGGGCGACUUUGUGGAGUUCGAGGGCGGCGAGACCCACGGCUAUGGGGAUGACGACGACAUCGAAUACGACGACUGGGAGGCAGAACGCAAACACGAGGAGCAGCUCGACGAACGGGAGAGGAGAAAGGCAUCAAAGAGAGAUCAUGGUGAGUACUGCAUCGAAACAGAGCUACGGCUGGGUGCACUCGCUUACUUUGCGUACGUACCUGUGGCUGUGGUACGUGUGUGGGUAUGGGUAUGGAUGGGUAUGUGUCCACAGGCCGUGUGGGUGUGGGUAACAAGGGCGGCCACCACCGUCGGAAGGACCCCGCUGCUGACGCCAAGGGCAUGCAGAAGAUCUCCACACACUUCGCCCGCAUGGCGGCGUCUGCUCCCGCACACAAACCCGCCAACCUGCCCAAGACGGGUCGCUCCGCCGCCGCCGAACGAGAGGUGCAGGCGGAAAUGGAGCGUCUUGAGAAGGACGCCGCACCGGACGCCCCGGCCCCUACCCACCCCCACUCCUCGUCGGGGAUGCUGGACAGCGCGUCGCAUCACUCUGCGGGCUUCCAGCAGCAGUUUGCGGCGGCCAUGAUGGGGAUGGGGAUGGGCGGCGGGAUGGGCGGCCUCGGCAUGGGGGUGCCGGGCAUCGGCAGCAUCGGAGGCCUCAUGGGGCUCAGCACACUCAUGGGCAUGGGCGCCAUGCAUGGCGGCGCGGGCGGACUCAUGCCUGGCGGCAACCCAUUGCAGAUCAACAUGGGCACCUCGGGGGUGCCGACGGCCGUCAAUCGCACACCCGGCUACCAGUCGCCCAUGGCAGCUCCGGCGCCUGAGGAGGGUAUCAAGGGCGACCAGCAGCAGCAGGACCGUGAUGGUGAUGGCGGUCGUUUCGACAAUGAUGUAGAUAUGGCUGAUGCGGCGGGGGGGCAGGAUGGAGGGCAUGACGGCGGCGAUGGCGGCUAUGGCGCCCCGCCCGGCCCGCCUGAUGUCGAUAUGGAGCCCCCGCAGCCACCUGCCGCACCGAGGGAGCCUGCACCGUGUACGCAGACAGAAGACGUAGAAAGACACCAAUCACACACACGUCAGUCAACACAUGUGUGUGGCUGUGCUGUAUGUGUGCAGCGAUGCCGAUGUCUGGGCUUGAGGUGUUUGACGAGCCCGCUGUGCCACAGCCGUCGUCCAACGGCCGGCCGGCCAGUGGCAGUGGCGACGCGGCCGCCGGCGACCGAGAUCCGCUGCCGGUGUGCGACGACGGCACGCUGCCCUUCUACAUCCUCGAUGCACACGAGGAGGACAGGACUGGCACCGUCUACCUGUUCGGAAAGGUCGGUGGGUCGGUGGGACCGACCCAUCACACAAGCACCCGACCGCCGAUCCAUCCAUCCAUCCAUCCUUUGAUGUGUGUCUGUGUGUCUGUGUGUGUGUCUGUGUAGGUGUGGGAGAGGGCGGCGAAGGGGUCUAGUGCGAGGCAGCCGCUGGUUCCGCCUCGGUCGUGUUGUGUGGUGGUCCGUAAGAUCAGCCGCAACCUGUUUGUGCGUGCGGGUGAGCAGCCUGACGAGGAGGGCGAGGUGCAGCAGGUCUGCGGCGAGGUCUACAGGGAGUUCAAGGAACUCAGGGAGCGGGCCGGCAUCAAAAACUUCAAAGUCAGAACAGAAAAGACAGACGGAGGGAGGGAGGUGGAGAGAGGGGCAUGGCUGCAUGGCUGCCUCGUGUGUCAGUGCAAGCCGGUGCGUCGCAACUAUGCGUUUGAGCGGGAGGGCAUGACGCGCGGCGACCAACAACUCUUCCUCAAGGUAGGGUAGGUACCGACCGCAGGAGACGCACUCACGCAAUGGGCCGGCAAUACCAUAUGUAUUUGUGGUUGCUCUCUCUCUCUCUCUCUCUGUGUGUGUGUGUGCAGGUGCAAUACUCAGCUGACCAGCCCAUGUUGAAGGCCGACGCCACUGGCGAGCACUUCACGCACAUAUUCGGCACCACUACAUCCCUUGUCGAGACACUUAUUGUGCGUAAGACACACAGGGCAGGGCAGGGCAGGGCAGGGCACGCAGGAAAGACAGAUUGACAGACAGACAGACAGACAGAUUGGCAUGGCACCAAAGGAGGGAGGGAGGUGCUGUUGUGUGUGUGUGUGUGGUGGCUGCAAUGCAGGUGAAGCGUCGGAUCUACGGCCCGUGUUGGCUUAAGGUCUCCGACUUCACACAAGUCACCGAGGGCAUGCAGUCAUGGUCCGCACCCCUCCCCCCUCCCCCCCAUGCCAUGCACACCACGCCAUCACCCCCCUGUCCAUCUGUCUGUCUGUGUGUGCCUCUCCAUUCCUUCAUUGUAGGUGUGAGUAUGAGGUGUCGAUCGACGGCCACAAGGGCAUCCGUCGGUGGCAGGAGCGCAACGCCGUCACCAAGACAGCAGCAGCCACCAACGGGGAGGAUGAUGAUGGCAACGACAGCCCGUCGGCCAAGGAGCGGCGUGUGGACGAGGGCGACGGCCCGGAGCCGCCCCACCCGCCACUCACCGUCAUGAGCCUCGCCAUCAAGACCGCACAGAACAAACAUAAACAAAAUGAGGUGAGUGGGUGCUGCUGGGGGGGCUGGCUGAUGGGAUGGGAUGGGGGAGAGCCGAGCCGAGCCGUGUCUGUUCUGUGGCUGCAGAUUCUGAUGAUGACGUACCACUGUCGGUUUCACUGUGACAUUGACCGAGUGGAUGGCUUCAACGGCCGCAACAGGCGCAACUGGGCGGCACUGAGGAAAGUCGACGUGGCCACUGUGAGAGAGACACACACUCACACAGACAGAUUCAUUCAUUCAUUCGUGUCCAUCCAUCUGUGUCGUGUAUGUGGGGGAUGGGGUGUGUGACUGUGUAUGCUAUGCUAUGCACUGCAGCCCUUGCCGGAUGGCAGCAGUGUGUUGUUUCAGCAGCGGGGCAUCGGCACCACGCGAGACGAACACGGACUCCUCUCGCAGUUCAUCGCCAAACUACACGUACGUCUGUACUGACUGACUGGACAGCCACCACCACACACACCAGACCCCAGACCCCAGACACACAGACAGAUAGGGACAGAGGGACAAAAGGCACGCUCUUCCCCUCUGUCUCUCUCUCUGUGUGUUUUUUCCCCCCCCGCACACCCAGGCCGACGACCCCGACAUCAUCGUGGGCCACCGUCUGCUGGCCUAUGCGUUGGGUGUGCUGCACAACAGCCUGUCGGCCAGCAGCCUCGGCAAGUCGGCGGCAUGGACCAAACUGUCAAGGCUGCGUGCGAGGCCCAUGCGCGACCUCAAGUCGUUCCGGCGGUGGGGCGGGCCGGUCAAUGUGGCGCGCAACCUCACCAUCGGCCGCCUAAUGGUCGACACCGAGAACUCUGCCAAGGAACACCUUCUCUCACGGGUGAGUCAGUGACUCAGUUAGUGAGUGGGCGGAGGUCUUUCUUUCGCACCCACCUUCCUUCGUGUGUGUCCUCGUCGUGUGUGUUGUGUUGUGUUGUGGUGCGUUCGUUAGGUGAACUAUGAGCUGUCGACGCUAGUGAGCGAGCUGCUGCCGGGCAAGAGCUUCCAGGAGUACCCCAAAGAGAAGGUAGGUGCAGUGCACUGCAUGACACACGAGCCCUCGCCGAGCCGAACACAUGCGUGUAUGUGUAUGUGUAUGUGUGUGGCAUUCAUUGGUAUGUCUGCUCUGUGUGAGUGCAGCUGUCAGUGUGUUACGACAGUGUCCAUGGGCUGACCGAUGCCGUCAACCACACACACACCGAGGCCACACUGGCCUUCGAAAUCAUGGUCAAGCUUGAGGUGAGUGCGCUGUACACACGAACGGACCGACAUCGUCAUUCAUGUUUUGCCGAUAUGUAUGAUCUCCUGCCCUGUCCUGCUGUUUUGAUGUGUGUGUGCAGCUGUUGCAGUUGAGUCGGCAGCUGACGACCCUCGCAGGCAACCUCUGGUGGAGAACUCUGCAGAGCCAACGGUAGGUACCUACACCCAUCCAUCCAUCCAUCCAUCCCGCUUCAUGUAUGUAUCAGUGCCGAGCGCGUGGAGUAUCUGCUGCUGCACGAGUUCCACGAGAAGAAGUACGUCUGCCCCGACAAGAAGGACUUCAAAGCCAAAGACAAAAAGACCGCAGCUUCAGCCAAGAAGAAAGGCAAGGGCAAGAAGGGCAAGGGCAAACAGAACCAAAACCAACAGCAGCAGCAGCAGCAGCACGACGGCGACGGCGACAUGGCGAUGUAUGAGGACAUGGUAGACGAGAUGCUGGCUGGUGCGGACGAGGGGGCCGGGGGAGAUGAAGACGAGCCGGGGGACGCAGGAGGUGGCGGGGGGGCCGGCGAACGCCCACACGCCUCCGCCAAAGGGCCGCAGGUCAGUGGGCUGUGGGCAUUUAACGCACACUAUAUGUCCAGACGGGUGCACUGCCCACCCCACGUGUGUGUUUUGGUGGUUGUGUGUGUCUAUCUUAUCUUUUGUGUGUGUGUGUGUGUGUGUAGUAUGCUGGUGGGUUGGUGUUGGAGCCCCAGGUGGGCAUGUACGACAACUUCAUCCUGGCACUCGACUUCAACUCCCUGUACCCCUCCAUCAUACAAGUACUUAGUACUUAUUUACGUGUUGUCAUGUCAUGUCAGCCAUACUCGGACGGAUGAAUGACCGAUGUCUGCCUGUCUGUCUGGCUGUUGACUGUAGGAGUUCAACAUCUGCUUCACCACCGUGGACCGGCCCGACGAGGCCCACCUCGACGCUGACUUCGAAGCUGACCCACCUAUCGCCGCCGAGGCCGGCAUUCUCCCAGAGAUACUCAGACGGCUCGUGCAGGUCACUCACAUCCACCCACCUCUACAAACCCACAUACCCACACAUCCUUCCGGUGGGUGCACAUGGCGUGGCUGGUGUGUGUGUUGUGUGUGUGCAGACGCGUCGAGCGGUGAAGCAAGCGAUGGGUCGCGAGAAGGACAAGGCCAAGCGCGCGACGCUGGACGUGCGGCAGAAGGCCCUGAAGCUGACGGCCAAUGCCAUGUACGGCUGCCUGGGCUUCCGCAACGCCCGCUUCUUCUGCCAGCCCAUCGCGGCACUCAUCACCAAAAGGGGACGAGAGAUCCUCCAGGUGACACAGAGAGAGGGGCAGGGGGGCAUAUCUAUAGUGUGUGUAUCUGGUUUGUGUGUGCAGAGCACCAAGAUGUUGGCUGAGUCAAAGCUAAGGAUGGACGUCAUCUACGGCGAUACCGACUCCAUCAUGGUCAGUCAGCUCAGCAGCUGAGCCGACACGCAGCGCAGUAUGGCACCAUGGCCAUCCAUUGUUUGCUCCUCCCUCUUCCGUUGCCAGAUCAACUCACAGGUGGCUGACGACGGCAGGCUGGAGAGCUUCGAGAAGGCACUCAAAGUCACAAACUACCCACACAAGAGGCACACAUAUAUCAUCUGUGUCGGUCGGUCAAUUUGUGUGUGCGAUGGACGGAUGUUGUGGGGUGGGUGUGUGGCUUUGCUUCAGAUGGGUCACGAGUUGCGUGCGGUGGUGAACCGGCAGUACUCAAAGCUCGAGAUCGACAUCGACGGCAUCUUCACACGCAUGCUCCUGCUCAGGAAAAAGAAAUACGCUUGCAUCAAGGUAAGUAGGUAGGUACCAAGACGACACACACGGAUACACGCACCUACACACACACAGACGCACACACACACACACACACAGAUAGAGAGAGAGAGAGAGCUUGGGUGUGUGCGUGUGUGUUGUAUAGGUGAAGGACUAUGCCAACCAGAAGUUCGAGCGUGAGAUGAAGGGCAUCGAGCUGGUCAGGCGGGACUGGUGCCCCCUCGUCAAGGUCAUCAUCCAUCCAUCCAUCCAUCCCCACACACAACGCACACACAUCAAUACCGACACAGGGGUGCGUGUGUGCGAUUAUGUGUGCCUGUCUCAUUGACUGACUAACGUUCAGGACUUGGGUGAGAAAAUCUUGGAUCGCAUCUUGAGCCGUGACCCCAAGGACGACGUCGUCGAGUGGAUUCACGACUUCCUCAGAGAAGCCAGCAACAAAAUGGAUAACGACCAGUACGUCACGUCAGCCAGCCGACAAUAACACACACACGCACCCAAUCUCCUCUCUCCUUCCCCUCCCCUCCCAGGUACCCCCUGUCUGUCUACGUCAUCACCAAGAACCUGGCCAAGAACGUCCGGGACUACGCCGCCGACGCCAAGGGCCAGCCACACGUCAUCGUGGCGCGCCGCAUGCAGGCGCGCGGCGAGAGCAUCGGACAGCACUCCAGCAUCCCAUACGUCAUAUGCACCGCACCAGUGCCACAGCCGGUGGCUGAUGAGGCCGACGGAGACGGACAGGCGGAUGGCCAGCAGCGACAGCAGCAGGGCGACGGCAACGGCGGCGGUCAGCCUAGUGGUGGGGCUGUGAGUUGGUCUGAGAGGGCGGCACAUCCGGCGGAGGUCAAGACACAUGGACUUAAGGUCAGUAGGGGAGGGAGGAGGGAGGGCUGUGACGUUUGUUUAAGUUUCUGGGCCCAUAUCAUGUGUGUAUGUGUCUGUCUUUGACUUGUGUGUGUCAGGUCGACAUAGCGUACUACAAGAGUCAGCAGGUCCACGGGCCCAUCUCGCGCAUCUGCGCACCCGUGGAGGGCACCGAUGCGGGCAUGCUCGCCGAGUGCCUCGGUCAGUGAGGGAGGGAUGGAUACAGACGGACACAGCACAUGACAGACACAUCUGCUCCCUCCCAGGCGGAUCCGUUGGAUGGAUGGAUGUAUGGAUGUGUGUGUUGCUUGUAUCCCUCCAUCCAUGCCAUAUGCAGGUUUGGACAAGUCCAAGUACAGCAUUCAUGUCCGCGGCGAUGGCGGGGACGGCGGGGAUGAGGUCGACCCGCUGGCCUCACCUUUCGACGCACUCCAGAAGGAAGACGACAACUUUGACGGGGUAGGAGACGAUCAGCGGCACACACACACACACACCAGGGGAUAUGUCUCUGCGAGUCCAGGUGGAUCUUGGCAAGAUUCGAUGCCCCUUCACUGGCAAGGACUGCCCGGCUGCCGAUGUGCUCAAGGUGCUGGACGGAUGGAUGAACCAAAUCGAAUCGGACACAUGGCCGACCGACUUGCUCUUCCUAUCUCUCUGUGUGUGCGUGUGUGAUGGAUCAGAGUGCAGAGUUGCGCCACAGCGUGUCCGGCAAGGUGAUGCCCGUGCAGUAUCUGCUCAACUGGAUCAUGCUGGCCGUGCGGCACUGGACCAAGCUGUACACAUACCACGGACGAAAGUACGUCGGUCGCCACACACAUGACAUGCACACACACCAGCACGUCAAGCGCAACGGGGUGAGUGAAUGGGCGAUCGGUGUCCAUUGUGCGACCGAUCAGGUGCGCCGAGUGCAAGGCCGACACUAUUAGGGUGUGCCUCUCAUCGGUCGGUGAGGCAGUGAGGGAGGGAGUCAGACGGACAGGCAGACCAGCAGCUGAGAAUCGUAUACACGCCUUGCCCUGUCCGUGUGUGUGUAUAUCAGGAGCGCAAGUGCCCCCAGUGGGGCUGCGGGAGGGUCGACGGCAUGCACAGCGACUUCACCAACCAACACCUGCACGUACGGCGGCCACCAAACGAGCAACCGCUGGCCCAUGCGCACUACAUCAUGUGUGUGUGGUGUGCCUCGCGUGUGCAGAAGCGUCUGCUACACGUGGAAUAUCUGGUUCGUGAGGGCAAGAAGCACGCGGACCUCAUCCUCCCACCCCCCCCACCCACCCCCACCGGCGACAAGAAGAAGGACAAGGACACGGAGGAGAAGCAGAAGAAGAGAUGGCAGCACAGGCUCGCUCUCUACCGGGUUAGCCAGCCAGAAAGAAGGCCACGCGGUCAUCAACUCCACUCCACUCACGUGUCUGCCCCCUGUGUGCCGUGCCGCCCGCCUUGCAGAAGGUGCAGCGUCUGCUUGGCCAGGAUGCACUCGACGUCAUUGAGAGGUACGCAGCGCCCACACACACCGACAAGCCAAGACUAAGUUGUGCCUGGCCCCCGUGUGUGUUGUAUCUGUAUGUAGCAUUGGGCGGGCGGCGUAUGGAUGCCACGCAUCCAUAGCGGACGAUGCGCUGUUCCCCCCUGAGGAGGGGCCCAGCCUGUCCCCCGACCUCAUGGAGGGCAGACUGGCGCCAGUCUUCAAUCCGUAGACAGACACAGAGAUGCACUGUCGCUAGUUGUACAGCCGGCUCGCUGGUAGGCAAUGAGAUGCCGUCCGUCCCGUCUGUCUGUGUAGAGGGGGCGGAGGGGGGGAGUGCCAGCAGCAUCCAUGUGCUGUCGAUGAUGAUUUGCUGUGUAGCGGAUGGGGGCCUUUGAUGCGUGCAAG